CAAGAAGCUCCACGCGUAUUCAAGCUCCCUCCCUCGUUUUUAUCGACCCCCUUUUGUGCAUAUAUACACGUACUCAUGCUUCCAGUGCUUUCAUUUUCUUCAGCUCUUCUAAUCACUCUGCAUUUCCUCUCCAAGUCAGGAAAAUGGAGUCCGCGGCCUUAACUUAUUCCAGCAAGCCUGUUCACUCUCCACUUCCGAGAUUAUUUGGUGGGGGCUCUUCUGGAAUCAAAAGCUCACAAUGCAGUUUCAUGGUGGGAAGCAAAGUGAGUUUUCCUAUGCAGAGAAUGCGAUCUUUUCAAGUUAGUCGAGAAUGUGGGAAACGUGGGGCAGCUCUAAGUGUUAGUUGUAGAGGUGAUAAAAUUCUAGUGGCAAACAGAGGAGAGAUUGCUGUCCGUGUCAUACGCACUGCUCAUGAGAUGGGGAUACCUUGUGUCGCUGUUUACUCGACGAUUGAUAAAGACGCACUUCAUGUGAAGCUGGCUGAUGAAUCAGUUUGUAUUGGCGAAGCACCAAGUAACCAGUCGUAUUUACUUGUUCCAAAUGUCCUCUCCGCUGCUAUAAGUCAUAAAUGCACAAUGCUUCAUCCAGGAUAUGGCUUCCUUUCUGAGAAUGCACUUUUUGUUGAAAUGUGCAGAGAACAUGGAAUCAACUUUAUCGGGCCAAAUCCUGACAGCAUUCGAGUCAUGGGUGACAAAUCUACUGCUAGGGACACAAUGAAGAAUGCUGGCGUUCCAACUGUACCUGGAAGCGACGGCUUGUUACAGAGUACUGAAGAAGCUGUCAGACUUGCUGAGGAGAUCGGUUACCCUGUCAUGAUUAAGGCGACAGCAGGCGGUGGAGGUCGUGGAAUGCGUCUUGCUAAAGAGCCUGAGGAGUUUGUGAAGCUAUUACAGGCAGCUAAAACUGAGGCUGCUGCUGCUUUUGGUAAUGAUGGUGUUUAUCUUGAAAAGUAUAUUCAGAAUCCAAGGCACAUUGAAUUCCAGGUUCUCGCAGACAAGUUUGGUAAUGUCAUUCACUUUGGAGAGCGCGAUUGCAGUAUUCAGAGAAGGAACCAAAAGUUGCUAGAAGAAGCUCCGUCACCUGCAUUGACUGCCGAGUUGCGUAAAGCAAUGGGUGAUGCAGCAGUUGCAGCAGCAGCCUCUAUAGGCUACGUUGGUGUCGGUACUGUUGAAUUCUUAUUAGACGAAAGAGGCUCCUUUUACUUUAUGGAGAUGAACACUAGGAUACAGGUUGAGCAUCCUGUGACAGAAAUGAUUUCCUCUGUUGACCUAAUCGAAGAACAAAUCCGGGUUGCUAGGGGAGAGAAACUACGUCACAAACAGGAAGAUAUUGUGCUUAGAGGUCACUCUAUUGAAUGUCGUAUAAAUGCUGAAGAUGCUUUUAAAAAUUUCAGGCCUGGGCCAGGUCAAAUAACAACCUACUUGCCAGCUGGAGGUCCAUUUGUAAGGAUGGAUAGCCAUAUGUACCCUGAUUACACAGUUCCACCUAGUUACGAUUCUCUCCUCGGAAAGCUGAUUGUAUGGGCUCCAACAAGAGAGAGGGCAAUUGAGCGCAUGAAAAGGGCCCUUAAUGAUACCGUUAUAACAGGUGUUCCAACGACGAUUGAAUACCAUAAACUCAUUCUUGAAGUUGAGGAUUUCAAAGAUGGAAAGAUUGAUACUGCCUUUAUUCCAAAGCAUGAACAUGAGUUGGCAGCGCCCCGGAACAUAGUAGCAACCCCUCCUGCUAAAGAGACCGCCAACACUGCAGCAUAGAAGAAGAAACAAAAUCUCCCGAGGAUUAAACAUACUGACAAACUUUACUCCUGUAGUCUCUCCUCUCUGCCUACUGAGGCUUCCAGAUUUUUUUAAUUUCUUUUAGAUCAUUGCAUAGACUUCAGACCGGGAUUUGCUCAUGUAAAAACUAGUCAUAGAUUUCAAUAGAUGUUUAUACCGCACAUUACUUCUUUCGUUUUUUU